CUGUUAAUCCAACACAGGAAUACCUUAAGGAAAGAUAAAAAAAUAAAUAAAUAAAAGGAACUCAGAAAACAAAAACCCCGCCUGUUUACCAAAAACAUCAUCUCUAGCGUAAUAAGUAUUAGAGGCACUGCCUGCCCAGUGACUAAAGUUAAACUGCUGCAGUAUCCUGACCGUGCAAAAGUAGCAUAAUCAAUUGUUCCUUAAUUAGGGACUAGCAUGAAUGGCUAAAGGAGGGUUCAACUGUCUCUUAUUUUUAAUCAGUGAAAUUGACCUUUCAGUGAAGAGGCUGAAAUAUAAUAAUAAGACGAGAAGACCCUUGGUUUUCUGUACAUAG